CUUGAUAACUCUAGACAUAUUUCGCUAUUUUCAUGUUCUCUUUUUAUUUAUUUUUUAUUAUUUGCAUAUUUUUAGUCAUCAUAUUUUUUAAACAUUAUUCGAACUGCAAAAAAACAGGUUCACUUAAUAUCUAUUAAAAUUCCGCUUUUCAAAUAUAUUAUCAUCAAAAACAUAUCACUCUACUUAGCAUCAUUAAUGCUUCAAGUGGACACAGUGCUUACGUAACGAAGGUCAUCAAGAGUAGAUAUCACCAACAACAGUUCUAAACCAAUUCUAAGUCAAACUGUACAUACAGACAUUAAGUGUGACAUUGUGUCGUGAGCAUGAACCUACCACUUCUCUUUGGUGCUGGGCUGUGUUUUAUAUUCUGGUUAUAUAUAAAAUGGUUGAAAAUCAAGAGGUACUGGGCGGACCGUGGCGUUCCUCAUCUAACUCCAGUUCCAGUGCUAGGCAAUCUCACAUUCAUCCAGAGAGAAAAUGCUGGCCUUUGGUUUCGUCGAAUGAACCAACAGCUGAAAAGCCCGUACAUAGGUAUCUGGAUCCUCUGGAGACCUGGUAUCGUCAUCAACUCUUCAGAAAUUGCUCGCGACAUCCUAAUCAAGAAUUUUGGCAACUUCCGGAAUCGCUUCUUAAGCAGUGGCGAAACUGACCCUAUCGGAGGGCUUAAUUUGUUCACAGUAAAUGAUCCUAUCUGGUCCACGAUGCGAAAACAUCUUAGCGGCGUGUUCACAACCUCCAAGCUUAGGAUUCUUGAAGAUUUAAUGCAAACCAAAGCUAAGGAAUUGGUUCAGAGGAUCCACAACGAUCGCGACAUUAAGAUUCAUCUUAAGAACAUUCAAAACGAAAUUCAGUUUCUCCAGACACCUUCGACACUAUAUUCGGAACUAGCAAGACUGAAAAUGUACAUAGAUUAUACGACCGAUAUAAUUGGUUCAUCUGCGUUUGGUGUUAAAAGCGACGCGACCCUCACAGGUGUCGGACCUCUUAGGGAUGUCACAAAUGACUUCGCAACAUUUACCCUCUAUAGAGGCAUUUCAUGGUUUAGCAUAUUCUUUUUUCCAGAAAUUACCAACUUUUUUAGAUUCAAAUUAUUUCCUACGGCUGCAACGAGAUACUUUAAGGAAAUAUUUAAUUCCGUAAAACGACAACGUAAAACAAAUCAAGGAGAUGCUAAAGAUCUCCUUGAAAUUUUGAUUAAAAUUCAACAAGAAAAUGAAGGUUAUUCAGACGACCUUAUAAUUGCUCAAGCUGCUAUUUUCUUACAAGGUGGCUUUGAAACUUCAGGAACGGCUUUGAUGUUCAUUACAUAUGAACUGGCUUAUAAUCCUAUAUUACAGGAUAAAUUAUAUCAAGAAUUAUUCGAAGCCGCGCAACAAAAUGAAAGUGAAAAUUUUGAUACAAACAUACUAUCAAAUUUAACAUUUCUCAAUUGUGUUAUUAAAGGUAAAAUAUAUUUAUCAAAUACCACCACCGGCUACCAGUGGCCAUUGGUUAAAAUUGGUUCUAAUUCAGAAGGUCUUCGAAAAUAUCCAACAAUGGGUUGGCUUGACAGAAUAGCCACGAAAGACUACAAAAUAGAUGAAAAAUUAACAAUAGAAUCUGGUACCGUUGUUUAUAUCAAUAGUAUUGGGAUGCAUUAUGAUCCUAAAUACUUUCCUGAGCCUCACAGGUUCGAUCCUGAUAGAUUUCUACCAGAAAACAAAUCUAAAAUCGAACCAUACUCCUAUCUCCCAUUUGGAGACGGACCAAGAGGCUGUAUUGGCAAAAGGUUCGCUUUUAUGACAAUGCAAUUUGCCUUGGCGUCAGUCGUACAUAAUUACAACAUCAAACCUUGUCCGAACAUGCCUAACCCUGCAGAUAUUAAGAUGGAUAAGUGUGGGUUAUUGUUACUGCCCGGAGAAACGUUGAACGUUGAAUUCAUUCCAAGAAAAUAAAUAUUUAUUAGCAUUAUUUAAAUAAACAUUUGACAAAAGG